GCUUGGUGAGAGUGGGAGAAACUUCAGCCCUUCGCGGUGGGGCGGAGUGUGUUCCAGUGGGUGUGUGAGAGCUUAAAAUCCCGUGCGGUGCAUUCCUGGACUGUCAUAUUUAGUAGUCUCAGCAAGUAGUGGGAGAGAGAACAGUUCCUCAAAGUUUUUUGAGGGGAUAAGAAGCAGACUCUUCAACACUGAUCCUUAACAGAGAAAGAUGCCAGGUGAGAGGUUGACAGUCAGACGCAUAUCUGAUGUGGGGCGCUUUCCUGGUGCAGCCCCGCCCACCAGGGUGGAGUUGUCCAUUCACAAGGAAGGGGAAAAAACAACAGAGGACACGGCUUGCCGCCGCUGGUUUAGGAAAAUGUGUCCAUGCUGCUGUAAAUGCCAGAAGAGCAAUACCUAUGAUGUCACGGAUAAAGUGGAACUGGUAAACCCUCCCACACCUAUUCCAGAACUUGAUGGGCCAAAGCCAGAAAAUGGAGAUUCAAAGGAAAUGGAAGUCGUGAAGUUGUCCGUGCGCUCUGUGGAUCUGCUGAGCUCCAAGACGGGAACGAACAGACAGGAGCACCACACUGACCUGUACCACACAGAAGAGCUGAUCAUCCGCAGAGGACAGACGUUCCAAAUCGAGCUAGAGCUCAACAGGCCCUUCAGCGCUGACACCGACAAGCUGCAUCUAGAUCUCAGAACAGGUCCACUACCACAGGUGUCCAAAGGGACCCAUGUCAUCAUCCCACUGGUGGAUACCUUGGACAACAAACGAUGGGGGGCGAAGAUUGAAGAGCAGAAAAACAACAAGGUUAAGUUGUCUGUCAAGUCUACAGCCAAUGCUGCGAUUGGUCUUUAUGGUCUGACGGUCACAACGAGCCCCCUGAAAAAUGAAACUCCAAAUAUUUACACCUCCAGCAAGAACAUCAUCAUGCUCUUCAACCCUUGGUGUGCAGAGGACACAGUAUUCCUGGAUGAUGAAGAGGAGAGGAAGGAGUAUGUGUUGAAUGACACUGGAAGAAUUUAUUAUGGAACUGAGAAUCAAAUUGGAGCCCGCACGUGGAAUUUUGGUCAAUUUCAAGAGGGAAUCUUGGAAGCCUGUCUAUUCGUUCUGGAGAAGAGUGACAUGCCUCCAUCUGGCCGGGGGGAUCCUGUAAAUGUUGUCAGGGUCAUAUCAGCCAUGAUAAACGCCCUAGACGAUUAUGGAGUUCUAAUCGGAAAAUGGUCCGGGAAUUACUCUGAUGGGGUGUCUCCGGCUGCAUGGAGCGGCAGUGUGGAGAUUCUGAGAAAAUACCACUCCUCCAAUGGAAUGCCUGUGUCAUAUGGGCAAUGUUGGGUCUUCUCCGGAGUCACGACAUCAGUUCUCCGUUGUCUCGGCAUACCUGCUCGCAGCGUGACCAACUUCCAGUCCGCUCAUGACACUGAUGUGUCCCUCACGACGGAUGUUUAUUUUGAUGAGGAUAUGGAGCCAAUCGACUACCUCAAUAGCGAUACCGUCUGGAAUUUCCACGUAUGGAAUGAUUGCUGGAUGGCCAGGCCAGACUUGCCCCACGGUCACGGGGGCUGGCAAGCUGUCGACUCCACCCCCCAGGAGACGAGCCAGGGUACCUUCCGCUGUGGCCCUGCCUCGGUCACCGCCAUCCGCUCUGGCCAAGUCUACCUCAAACAUGACACACCGUUUGUUUUUGCAGAGGUCAACAGUGACAAGAUCUACUGGCAAAGGAAUCCCGAUGGUACAUUCAGCCAGAUCCACAGUGAGAAGAAGGCCGUUGGCCACUCUAUCAGCACGAAAGCAGUGGGCUCUGACCAGCGCGCUGACAUCACUCAUUUGUACAAACAUCAAGAAGGUUCAGAGGAGGAACGUAUCGCCGUAGAGACUGCUUGUCGUUUUGGCAGUAAGCCAGAUGUCUACUCCUCGCCCAUGGCAGAGGACGUCCGCGUAGAAGUGAGGAUGGAGGGAGAGGGGCCCAGAAUGGGGGCCGACGCCCGGCUGAGCAUCGUGGUGAAGAACCUGAGCUCUGAGCCCCGUAGAACUACGCUGCACUGUCAGGUGGCUGUCAUGUACUACACCGGUGUGGUGAAGGGCACCAUCAAGAAGGAGCAGUUGCCAGUGGAGCUUUUGCCCAAUGAAGAACAAACCAUCGAGUGGGUUUUGCCUUAUCAACAAUACCAGAACCAGCUGGUGGAUCAGGCAGCACUGAUGCUGACAUUGUCCGGAAGAGUCAACGAGACCAAGCAAGUGUUAGCCAACCAGACGUGCUUCAGGCUCCUGACACCUGAUCUCAACAUCACGCCUUUGGGAGAAGCUGUGGUCGGUAAGGAAAUGGCAGCCAAGAUCACGUUCACGAACCCGCUGCCAAGGAUGCUGAAUGGCGUGCUCUUUAGAGUGGAAGGACUCGGAUUGCAGAAAGGCCACGAAGUGUUUGUGGGUGACGUGAGCGGUCACUCCACCGUGACGCUGACAGAACACUUCGUCCCGACCCAACCCGGGCCCAGGAAACUGGUGGCAUCUCUCGACUGCAAACAGCUCACGCAAGUGCACGGAGUGGCCGACAUCGUUGUUCUGGAACAAUGAGAGGCGGCUAGCUGCAUCGCCUCUUGUCACAUUCUUCACUGACGCCUGUAAAAUAUGAAGUCAAUAUGAAGUAUUCUGUUCAUAUAUAUGGACAUUUGCACUUUGUGCAGCUGCGAAAAAAAACAUGAGUAGAAAAUGAUCAUAUUUUUGCUUUAAACACACCGCACAGUGUUCGUGUUACUGAAAGCACGUAGCACAAUUUUUUUUUGUUUUUUGUUUUGUUUAAUCAAAAAUUUUCACGAUGAAGGUCAAAACCAUUUUUUCGCACUGAAAAAACAUAACUGAACAAACAUUUUUAAUUCCUUUUUCUACUGCGUGUUUGAAACUGACAUAAGCAUGUGAAACGUGUUCUCAGACAAAGUGAACCUCACAAGGACACCAAGAGAGCAUAGAAGGUUUGGAUGCACUGUAAUUUAACGGCCUCAGUGGCAAUUUCUUCUUCUGCUUUAUUUCAUAAAAGACACGCUUCUCCUGUUUGUGAAAGAAUAUUGCUCAAAAGGGAAAAAUGCAGAAGCCUCAUUCACGUGUCGCCUCCUGCAUUACCAUAGAAGACUAGAACCGUUUGUUUUGCUUCUUUCACAAUAGUAUUGAUGUUCAUGUGUACACUAACGAUGAAGUAAGCACACUACUGUAUCAUGUUAAGACUGUCAGGUAUCAUUAUGAGAAUUGAAAACACUGACCCCGACGGAGCUGACCCCUUUCGCUAUUACAAUCUACUCAACCUCACCGAACUCGCGAUAAAAUGUGAAGGAACCUGUUUCACUACCAUUUUACUAUUUAUUUUUUUGUAUGGCCUAAGAUGAUGAUAAAACUAUAGCUGGACACUAAAA